AUGCGCGUCAUCGAGCACGAGUGCACCGUGUUGAGCGGGGGCGCGAGCACGUCGUGUGAUGCCGAGGCAAAACCAGCGCGCCACAAUAUGACCAUGGCGAGCGCGAGCAUGAGCAUAGCACGGUGCGCGGAGACCAUGUGGGCUAUCGUAGAGGUCUCGCUCGCGGGCCGCCGCGGGGGUGCUUGUUCCGGCCCUCUGAGCUCCGACCAGGGCGAUUCACGAGCGCGGGCGCGCUUGCAGUCGCCGCCCGGGAUAAGAGUGGUCGCGAGUUCCACUGCCCUCAUGCUGCUCCCGCUGUCCUUCUUCUCGGAGACGGACACGAUUGAGGCAAAGAUGGACCUCUGCUACGCGGCCUUCGAGGACCUGCUCGUCACGCACGACGCGGAGGCGACUGGGAAGGGCGUCGUCUGGAUGGUCCGCGGCAUUCUCAGGGAGAUUAAUGACGUGCUCGCCGACAACGUCGAGGCGAAGCAGGCCUUCUGCAUGCGGCUCAAGCGGCACCCCUGGUUCGAGGAGAACUCGCAGAUCGUGCGGUGGCAGGAUCCGAGAGCAAGAAGCGCAUCCACAUCUCGAAGGUGA